AAAAAAGUACAACGUAUGAUAGGUGACUGGUUGGAAUAACAAAUUUUAUGUCACGUGAUAGCGGCAGUUAGAUGGGUUCUCAGUCACUUUAUCAAAGGAAAGUAAACUGAGUGAAGAGGUGAAGGACCCAUCUAUGGAAAAGAAUCCAACAUGUCAGCCUUCAUGCAUCAUGUCUUGUUUGUUGUAGUAUAAUUUUUAUAAUAAAACUAUCAGAAACUGAGAAAGCACGUCUUCAGAGAGACAUUUAUAUAGAAAAAAAGUAUACUGUAGUAGCCGGUCCUACCAUAGCAGAUCGAAAAACGCAAAACUGGAUCAUGUCAGCUGAACCGGCUACUGAUGGUGCUAGUAGUGCUCCCCCAAUACACGCCGUGGUGAAGCCCUUGUCCUGGAUUCUUGGGAGGUGGCUUGGGAAGGCUGGCAGCUGUACAUACCCAACGAUGAAAGACGUGAAGUAUGACGAAGAAAUUGUGUUUUCCCACAUCGGGCAGCCGAACAUUCACUUUGUAGCGACGUCCUGCUUGCCAGAUUCAAAGCGAGUGCUUCACAGAGAAACCGGGUUCAUCCGCAUGAAUCCCACGUCGAAUCAGCUUGCCUUCAUUUCCGCUCACAACAAUGGAGUUGCUUAUGUUGAGGAGGGAACGCACAGCGACCGGGAACUGAGUGUGGCAUCCAGUAGUGUCCAGCGCGUUAUCUGGGGUAAAGAGCCGUCCGUCAGGAAAACUAGCCGCACAUUCAGAAGGGAUGGGGAUGUCAUGGAGCAGGUGAUGCAUCUUGAGACAAGUGAACAGUCACUCACUGAACACCUGCGCGUCACGUACCAGCGUGCCUAGCAAUGGCACACGUACUGCUAGAUAUGAUAGCAGGGAAGGAAUUUAUGAGAAAAGAAAGUGCACUCAUUCAUACGUAUAAAGGAGGACUGAAAGUCAAUCACCGGUCAAAGUUUUCCACUCGUCACGUUCUGUUAAAUUUUCUUGUGAUUGUCGAGUUGACAGUUAAUAAUACAUAGUACAUGGAUAUUGCCUAUAAACUAAUCACGUAUUGAGU